AGAAACACACGGCAGGAGGCGUCAGGUAGGGUCAUCCUCCUGUCUCGCAUGUCCACCAUCAUCAUCUUCACUCAUUCUAUGGUCAUGGAUGAAUGAAUGAAUCCUCAGGAUAGCAGAGCAUCAUCAUCAUCCUCGUCGGCAUAAGAGAAGAGAAAGAAAGAAAGAGAGCGACACCGUAAGAGAGAGAGAGAGAGAGGGAGAGGGAGGGAGGACGUGACGAAGGCAGAAGAGAGAGAAGAGCUCCCUCUUUCUCUUCCACCUCUCCCCCCUCCUCCGUAAAUGGAUGCCCACGCUUCUAGUCUUUAAAAUCCCGGCCACAUCCGCCAAAAUACUCCCCCCUUACUAACCUCCACCCUCCAUGAGAUCUAGCCUAACCACCACCAGCACUACCACCACCUCCAUUCACCACCACCACCACCACCACCAACAACAACCACCAGCUUCUUUGCUCAACCAAUUGAAGUUUCCUUCUUUCUUCGUCGAGCCCACAUCUGUUCUAGACCUCUGCAGGAGCCCGAGCCCGUCCAACACCACCACCACCUCGGUCACCACUCUGUCUCCCUCUCUCACAGCUUCAGGCAGCGUCAGCGGCGGGUGCGGGGACUCUGACGGUCUAGCGGCGGUGGCGGCGGUUUCCAACCUCCUGUCUGACGAAACCCAGCUGCCAUGGGCAAGGGAGACAGCGCAACCCUCCGGCGGCCUCCCGCCGGAUUUCGGCCACCCUUCGCAGUCGGAGAUUGGUCCUCCCAUGGAGGACUUGGACUCGAUGCUAAUGGCGGUGUCUUCUCCUCCUCAGGAGCCGUCGCUCAUCCGGUGGAUCUUCAGCGAGAAGGACGACUCCGCCCCGCCUCAGCCGCUCCUGUUCCCGCAGAUGCCUGCUCAGGAGGACGCCGUCAUCGACUCCCAGAUGCCUUUCACCGCUCACCCUCCUAAUUCCUUCCUUCUCCCCGACGCCAUCCUCCCCUACCCGUGCGUCCUUCCCGCUAUUUACGAUUCCGCCACAAACCCCACCGGCAUCAACAACCCAUCCCUGGACGACCUUUACCUGAAGCAGAUGCAAUUCCAGGCGGAGCCCGCAUCCCAGCCGGCUCAAUUCUUCCGGUCGCCGCCGUCGAAGGCGGGCUCCGACGGCCUGCAGCUCAUCAUCCACCAGCUGGUGGAGGCCGCCGGGUUCGUCGAGGGUGGCAACCUCGCUCUCGCGCAGGCGAUAUUGGCGCGGCUCAAUCAAGUCCUUUCCCCUUUCGGGAAGCCCCUCCAACGGGCCGCCUUCUACUUCAAGGAAGCCCUCCUCCUGUCCCUUUCCGGCGUCAGCCACCACCACCAUUCCUCCUUCCUCUCCCCCAUCGACCUCGUCCACAAGAUCGACGCCUACAAGUCCUUCUCCGAGGUCUCCCCGCUCCCCCAAUUCGCCAACUUCACCGCCAACCAGGCCCUCCUGGAGGCCCUCGACGGAGCCGACUCGAUCCACAUCGUCGACUUCGACAUCGGGCUCGGCGGCCAGUGGGCCUCUUUCAUGCAGGAGAUCGCUCUCAAGCCCAGGCCCUCCCCUCCCUCCCUCCGUGUCACUGCCAUCGUCCCUUCCGACUCCAUGGAGGUCCGCCUCGCCCGCGACAACCUCUGCCACUUCGCCCAGGAACUGAGCGUUCCCUUCCGUUUCGAUGCCGUCACCUUCCGCCGCUUCGAGUCGCUCUGCCUCGACGCCCUCGCCAUCCGCGACGGCGAGGUCGUCGCCGUCAACUUCUCGCCGGCCGUCCAGCGGGAACUCUCCCGCCCCGACUCCGUCUCUGGCUUCCUCCGCUUCCUCAAGCGCCUUGGCCCCCGCAUAGCCGUCUUCGUCGAUGCGGAGUGCGAGCGCGGGGAGGCUUCCUUCCGCCGGCAGUUCGAGGCGGCAGUCGGGUUCUACGCCGCGCUCAUGGACUCGCUGGACGCGGCUGGGAUCGACCCCGAGUCUGCCCGCCGGAUCGAGCGCUACCUUCUGCAGCCGAGGAUCAACGGCUCCGUCGCCGCCCGAUGGUGCCGCCCCUCCCCAACCCCCGCCUCACCGGAGAGGCUCCUCCCCUGGCGGAGCCUCUUCGGCCGCGCCGGGUUCGCGCCGGUCCCCUUCAGCAACUUCACCGAGACGCAGGCCGACUACCUGGUCAAGCGGACCCAGGUCAAGGGCUUCCACGUGGAGAAGCACCAUUCGUCUCUCCUUCUCUGCUGGCAACACCGGGAGCUCGUCGCCACGUCAGCCUGGAGGUGCUGCUGAUCUCUGCCGCCCAGACCCGACCCGGCCCGGCCGAGCUCCAGUUUGUCAAUGUGCUGCUUCUCACUCUUUUUUUUUUUUUUUCUUUUUUUUCCCUUUAGAUCUUUUCCGUGGGGUGGCUGUUUAGGUUUUUCUCAUAAAAAAAAAAACUAAUAAUUAAUCAACUGAAAAAAAGAAAAACUUCGAUUCUAGUUUAAUUGUCUGUUUCUAGCUGAUGUAGUAGGUGUCAGUCGAACGUCCUUGUUGGGAGUUGCAUGUGUUUGAACAGCACAAUGAAAAUAUUUGAGUUUUCCUUAAGAAGGAAGAAGUAAAAAAAUCGCAUGGCUUCUGUUGUUUUUA